GGCCUUCCGGUCUAUUACGACCUACAUCUAAGGACGGAUACGGAAGCACCUAUCACUCCGAACCGGACGGAUGUUGAAACUCUGAAGCGUUAAGACUGAUUCAGCCAGCCACUCUAUGUUACAAUUCCGUUGGUCUCUCCGAUGCUGUUUGAUUAUUCCAGGUUACUCUCGUUCCAUUACAAUGUCAAAAAAUGAUCCCAAUAUGCGCCUGGUCAGCGACAGCUUUGGACCGAUAGAGAUUCCCGCUGAUUCUUACUACGGACCUCAGACAGCGAGAUCGAUGAAGCACUUUAACAUUAAUCGUUCUCACGAUAGAAUGCCACUACCUAUCAUUCAUUCCCUUGCAAUGCUGAAGGAGGUUGCGGCUGAUAUCAACUGUAAAUACGCCCGCAUCAGUGCUUCGCACGCGGAAGCAAUCAAGAAAGCUUGCCAGGAAGUGUAUAGUGGACAGUUGGACAAAGAAUUCCCCCUCUCCAUCUGGCAGACCGGUUCAGGAACGCAGAGCAACAUGAACGUAAACGAAGUAAUUGCAAAUAGGGCCAAUGAAAUUUUGAACGGAAAUCGUACCGAUAAGCCACAGAUUCAUCCAAACGAUCACGUCAAUUGCGGGCAAAGUUCUAACGAUAUAUUUCCCACUGCGAUGAAUGUUUCUGUCGCACUCGAAACGGCAUGGAAGGUUAUUCCAGCUUUGAAAACGCUCCAUAGCGCCCUCACUGAGAAAACUGAAGCUUUUUCGAGCAUUGUGAAGAUCGGAAGAACUCAUCUUCAGGAUGCCGUACCCAUGACUGUUGGUCAAGAACUCGGGGCUUUUACGACACAGCUGCGGCAGUCAAUUGAUUGCAUUAAGCACAGUCUACUUUCUGUUUGCGAACUUGCUGUGGGUGGCACGGCUGUCGGCACGGGAUUGAACAGCACCAAGGGGUUUGACAAACAAGUGUGUCUCGAACUAAACAAUUUGGUGAAAAAGUUGUUUCUUGAUUUGCCGACUGCUGCAAGCAAGCAUGCAGUGGAUUUAGAAUUCGUACCUGCUGAAAAUAAGUUUGCUGCUCUGGCUGGCCACGACACGCUUUUACAACUAAGCAGUGCGUUUAACCGUACAGCCACGGUACUUUUCAAACUGGCCGAUGACUUUAUUCUCCUCAGCUCCGGUCCCGGUUGUGGGUUUGGCGAGCUGCUGCUUCCACCUAAUGAGCCGGGUUCCAGCAUCAUGCCAGCGCAGAGUGCAUUUCGGCGAAAGUUGUCGGACUUUAAAAAAACCGGUUAG